CCAUACUUUCUUUUCUUUUCACUUGCUUGCUAACUUUCUUCUCAACCAAACAAAGCUUAGUGUUCGUUCCUUCCUCCAUUUCUUCAUCAAUUUCGUGUCUUUACCAUUCAAAUCCCAAUUCCAGAUUCUGAGGAAAAAAAUGCCCUCAGCUCAAGAUCCAUUUUACGUUGUCAAAGAAGAUAUUCAAGAUUCUAUUGAUAGGUUGCAAUCUAAUUUUCACCAAUGGGAGAACACUUCUGAUACUGGUGAGCAUUUGAACCUUUCAAAGGAAGUUCUUGCUGCUUGUGGAAGUAUUGAGUGGCAGGUGGAUGAAUUGGACAAAGCAAUUUCUGUAGCAUCUAGAGAUCCUUCUUGGUAUGGCAUUGAUGAAGUGGAGAUUGAAAACCGGAGGAGGUGGACCAGCAAUGCUCGCACCCAGGUGCGCACAAUUAAGAGAACAGUGGAAGCUGGAAAGGGAUCAAAUCCAACAACUCAUGCUAGUAUAAGUGGGAUGCACAGGGAAUUAAUGAGGCUUCCAGAUUCUCAUCAAAGUACGUCUAAGUCUAACCAAUAUGCCUCUGGGGAUAAUGAUGAUUUCAUAGAAUCAGAAUCAGAUAGGCAAAUGCUUCUUAUAAAGCAGCAGGACGAGGAGUUAGACGAGCUUAGUUUAAGUGUACAGAGAAUCGGAGGUGUUGGACUUACAAUACAUGAAGAGCUCCUUGGGCAGGAAAAGAUUCUAGAUGAACUGGGAAAUGAGAUGGACAGUACAUCCAAUCGUUUAGAUUUUGUCCAAAAAAGAGUGGCAAUGGUGAUGAAGAAGGCCAGUGCAAAGGGGCAGAUGAUGAUGAUAUGUGGUUUGCUGGCCCUGUUCAUUUUCCUUUUUAUCUUGGUAUUCUUCACUUAGUCAUUUCUGAAUGCAUUGGUUGUAAAUGCAAAAAGGGAUCCAAGUUUGAGAAGACAAAAGAUUAAUGGGACAUCCUAUGUCUUGGUCAAAUGGAAGGCUCUUUGAAGGCAGUAGGAAAUUUUGAAUGUGAUGAAAAGGGUAGCAAUGAGCUUAAAAGUAUCAAAAGAUUAAGUUUUGAUCACAAAUAUGAUUUGAAUUAGUACCAGUAUUCGAAUAUAUAAUGAUUUUCUUCUGCAUGUUACUGUAAUGUACUGUAAUGCUUGAUGACUAUACCAUAAUAAUCUUUUAUCAUGCUAUUCAUCUUCUCACUCUUGAUGAUA